AUGGGGCAGGCUGCGGCCGCCGCCAUGAUCCCAGGCCUGGCCCUGCUCUGGGCAGCAGUGCUGGGGGGUGCUGCCCCCAGCCCUCCCCGCCUUCGGCUCUCCUUCCAAGAGCUCCAGGCCCAGCACGGUCUCCGGACCUUCAGGCUGGAGAGGACCUGCUGCUAUGAAGCUCUGCUGGUGGACGAGGAGAGAGGACGCCUGUUUGUGGGUGCUGAGAACCGCGUGGCCUCCCUCAGCCUGGACGACAUCAGCAAGCGGGCCAAGAAGCUGGCCUGGCCGGCCCCUGUGGAAUGGCGAGAGGAGUGCAACUGGGCAGGGAAGGACAUUGGUACCGAGUGCAUGAACUUCGUGAAGUUGCUGCAUGCCUACAACCGCACCCACUUGCUGGCCUGUGGCACAGGGGCCUUCCACCCAACCUGUGCAUUUGUGGAGGUGGGCCACCGGCUGGAGGAGCCCACGCUCCGGCUAGACCUUCGAAGGCUGGAGGACGGCAAGGGCAAGAGUCCUUAUGACCCCAGGCAUCGGGCUGCCUCCGUGCUGGUGGGGAAAGAACUGUACUCAGGGGUGGCCGCAGACCUCAUGGGCCGGGACUUCACCAUCUUCCGCAGCCUGGGCCAGCGUCCAAGUCUGCGAACAGAACCACACGAUUCUCGCUGGCUCAACGAGCCCAAGUUCGUCAAGGUCUUUUGGAUCCCAGAGAGCGAGAAUCCUGAUGAUGACAAGAUCUACUUCUUCUUCCGUGAGUCAGCAGUGGAGGCUUCGCCAUCACUGGGACGCCAGACUGUGUCCCGGGUUGGCCAGAUCUGUCGGAAUGACGUGGGAGGCCAGCGAAGCCUUGUCAACAAGUGGACCACGUUCCUGAAGGCGCGUCUGGUGUGCUCAGUGCCAGGUGUCGAGGGUGACACACACUUCGACCACCUCCGCUUCUUCCCCACAGAGGACAUGUUCCUGCUGUCCUUGAGGGACCGCUGGAGCCCACUGCUCUACGCUGUCUUCUCCACAUCGAGCACCAUCUUCCAGGGCUCUGCAGUGUGUGUGUACAGCAUGAACGACGUGCGCCGGGCCUUCCUGGGGCCCUUUGCACACAAGGAAGGGCCCAUGCACCAGUGGGUGUCCUACCAGGGCCGUGUCCCCUACCCCCGGCCUGGCAUGUGUCCCAGCAAGACCUUUGGCACCUUCAGUUCUACCAAGGACUUUCCUGAUGAUGUCAUUCAAUUUGCCCGGAACCACCCCCUCAUGUACAAUUCGGUCCUGCCCAUGGGUGGUCGCCCUCUCUUCAUACAAGUGGAUGCCGGGUACACCUUCACCCAGAUCACUGCAGACCGUGUAGCAGCUGCUGACGGACACUACGACGUCCUCUUCAUUGGCACAGACGCUGGCACAGUGCUGAAGGUGAUCUCCGUCCCCAAGGGCAGCCAGUCUAACGGGGAGGGGCUGCUCUUGGAGGAGCUGCACGUUUUUGAGGAUUCAUCUGCUAUCACCAGCAUGCAAAUCUCUUCCAAGAGGCACCAGCUGUACAUAGCUUCGCGGAGCGCGGUCGCCCAGAUCCCGUUGCACCUCUGUGCUGCCCACGGCCGCGCCUGUGCGGAAUGCUGCCUUGCGCGAGACCCUUACUGCGCCUGGGACGGGGCCGCGUGCACGCGCUUUCAGCCCAGCGCUAAAAGGCGGUUCCGUCGGCAAGACGUGAGGAAUGGCGACCCCAGCACGCUGUGCUCCGGCGACUCCUCUCAUCCCGCACUGCUGGAGCGGAAGGUGUUCGGUGUGGAGGGUGGAAGCGCCUUCCUGGAGUGUGAGCCCCGCUCGCUGCAGGCGCGCGUGGAAUGGACCUUCCAGCGCGCAGGGGAGGCGACCCACACCCAGGUAGCUAUGGAGAAGCGCGCGGAGCGCCUUACGGGGGGACUGCUGCUGCGCGGACUGAGGCGCGGGGAUUCUGGCGUGUACCAGUGCGCAGCUGUGGAGCAGGGCUUUUCGCAGUCGCUGCGUCGCCUGGUGCUACACGUGCUGAGUGCUGUGCAGGCCGAAAGGCUGGCCCGGACCGAGGAGGCUGUGCCCGUAGCCCCUCCAGGCCCCAGGCUCUGGUACCGGGACUUCCUGCAGCUGGUGGAGCCGGGCGGCGGUGGCGCGAGUUCCCUGCGAAUGUGUCGUCUGCAGCCUGAGUCGCGCCCACCGCCUCCCGAGUCACGGAGGAAGGGCCGAAACCGGCGAAGGCACGCCCCAGAGCCGCGUGCUGAGCGGGGGCCGCGCAGCGCAGCGCACUGGUGA